ACAAAUGGCGGACGCUGUAAACAGUGCCAGCAGCUUCUCGGAGGCCAAAGUGAAACAUCUCUUUUUAAGAUGAAUAACGCAGAGUAUGAGCGAUUAGACAGUUUGGAGGAGUGGGUGGCAGUUAAAAGUAACAUAUUUGAAGAACCCGAAAGGUUUAAGCUGGGCUUUAUCGUUCAGUGGAAUGUUAUCGAGAGUAAGUUUGCCGUCACCUGCCACAACCGGACGUUACAGCGGCAAAAACGCAAAGCCGAAGUUGCCGUGAGCGACAGUCAGAUGAGCUGGGCUGGACUCUUUUCUGUGAACGACCUGAAACAUAUCCAUCAGCAGUUUACAUGUGUCGCCGACGUCCUGAGAGGCUGCUUUCCAGAUUUGUCAGAGUUUGAAGAAAGCAACAUUUGGGACUUGCUCUUCCUGAAUCGGAGGUCAGGGCCCGAAGAUGAUGAGAAGGAUUUUGAUACACCCUGUAGGAAACUCGAAAAAUAUCUCAGCGCGGCUAUUGAUAUCUGCGGACGAAAGAUUGUUCUCGAUAUAUUAUUCGCCCAAGAUGAAAGAGGUGUUGAAGAGUACUUUGAAAAUCUACAGGAGUUCAAAAGGAAGGCCAUGCAGGAGGAGAUGUCAAGGGCCAAGGCUCACCUGCGACAGCUGCUGCAGAGUCACAGCAAUGCCGACCGGAUGGUUGUGCUGCUCAGCAUCUAUGAGGAAGAGGAUGAGGCCUACAAGGACUUGGUCACUGUGGCCACCACUUUCUUCCAUUAUCUGCUGCAGCCUUUCAGGGACCUGAGAGAGCUGGCAUGCCUCUAUAAGAUGGACAUCCUGAAGUCUUUGGAGUUUGAGGAUUUGGGUCCUAAGAGAAUCGCAGCUCUGGAGAAGGAGGCAGAGGAGUGGACAAUGAAAGCAGGAGAUGCAGUCGCCUCAAUUCAAGACAUCACUGUCACCUACUUUGCACAGACCUCCAAGGCUCUGGCUGGUAUGGUAAAGCAGAUGGAGGAAGAUAAGCGCCGUUUCGGAGCUGCUGCCUGGGCUUCUGCAGCUCCCAGACUGGAGAAACUACGCUUCCUGUUGGCCAAAGAAACGCUGCAGCAUAUGAGAGCUACAGAGAUGUGCCUCAAUCGCAGGAAGGACAGCAUCAAAGAAGGGCUCGGCAGCCUGCCUGACCGAGUCCAGAGCCAAGGAGCGUCUGAGGACAGCCAGCAGCAGGACACAGUGGACCAGCUGGAGCUGCAGUUCUAUGAAACCCAGCUAGAACUGUACGACACUAAGUUUGAGAUCCUGAAAAGUGAGGAACAGCUGCUGGUGGCUCAGAUAGACACCCUGCGACGGCGGAUCAAAGAACUGAAGGAGGAGGUGGUGUACUACGAUGUGUGCGAGGAUCCAGAGGAGCUGCAGAGCAUCGUCCACACAGCUGCUCAACAAGCAGACGCUCCAGCUGUCCGUCAGCUCAAAAGGCAGCUACAGACCUUGGAGACCAAGAGAGGCAACAUCUGUGCCCGGCGAGCGUAUCUCCGCAACAAAAAGGAUCAGUGCAUGGAUGCCCAUGAGCAGAAGCAGUCGGCCGCUAAGCAGAGCUUAGAACUCUUCAGCCAGCAUCAUCAGGUCCACCUGAAACGAGAGAUGAGGAAAGAGGAGGAGCAGAGGAGGAAACAGUGGUUGGACCAGGAGCGAGAGAAGACUCUGAGCAGAUUACGAUCCUUCAGAGAGAAGCGUCAAGGUCAGUACAUCUUGAAGACCCCUCAGUCCAGGAUGUGUCCUGCAGAAGUCCCAUGUCCCUCCCAGCCGUUGUCCAUCAUCAGCCUCAGCCCCUCUCCCUCUGGAGGACCGUCCUCCUCUGUCCAUCUUGCACCCAGACACAAUAAAACAUCCAAAAAAAAGCAGUCUAAAGACAUCUCUAUCCAAAUCUACUCUGCACCGCCACCUCCAGCUACAAAUAUCCCUACUGCACCACCACCACCACCACCUCUUCCUCCUCCUCCUCCUCCACCACCACCUGCUGUACCUCCUCCGCCUGUCCAAGCGUCUUCUGAGGACACACCAAUGGCCCUCAGUGAGAAAGAGGAACCUCCUUUUCCAGCCAAGAACAUGCUCAAACAAAAUAUAGGAACAAUGGAUGAAGUGCUGGCCUCAUUGCAACGUGGACAGAUUCGACUUCGGAACGUCCCCACCCCCAGGACGAAGCACCCAGAUGAGGACCCGAGGAGCACCCUGAUGUCUGCCAUCCGACAGGGAGUCACCCUGAGGAAGGUGGUUCCUGGACGUGCAGAAGUCCCAAGCACUGGAGACAAUGAGCUGGAGCGCAGCAUCAAAGCUGCCAUGAUGAGGAUGAAGAAGGUGGCGUCCGACUCUGACGAGGAGGACCGAGAGGACGAGGAGACGCAGAACACAGACUGGGACAGCUGAGAACACACCGAUAUAGCUGUUCUGUUAUAUUAUCCCUGCUCUGUUUUCUUCAUGGUUCUGAGCUACAGCUUAUGUUGUUGUCACAUUUUCACCAGAAAGCUUCUUCUCUGGAAAGCACAGGAUUACGCCUCUUCUGACUUAAACAUUGCGGCUUGUUGACUCUGUCAGACAAUAAUCACGCGUCUUCUUCAAGUAGCUCUGAGAUGUUAAAUACAUCUAAAACUGUUCAAACCCAACUAACCAGCAAGUGACAGAAUCAGGAUGUCUAAACUCUGCGUGGUUGUUUUACAGUCUGCGUGACACACUCCUCUGUUUCUGUUUUUGAGUCUGAUGUGUUGGAUUAAUUUAGGUGCAAUUUAUACUUUAUAUAACCUGUUAUUUCUCUAUGAUGCCAUAACAAAUGAGGUGGCAAUUAAAGAAUGCUAGAUUCAUUUUAAUAACCAGUACUUCUCUUAAAUAUGAAGUUACGCAUAAUGCUCUUGCUUAAUGUUGUGUAGUGCGAACGUCAUACUUAUGACCUUUGAACCCGUAAUGCAGAGCACUUCAUUUACCUGAACCUCACACAAAGACAAGAUUAUUGUGCACAAAAACUACACUACUGUAUGGCAAAAAGGAUUAACUGGUUUGCCAAAGGUAUUAAUUGCUGUACUUCCGAUUCUGCAAAGAUAUUAAACUUACUCCAGUGUGUUAGAGACACUGUGGGCUGAUGAUGGCUGAAGCACUUGUACUGCUGUGGUGUAAUAAUAAAUCAAGACGUAAGCUCAUAAACAUGAAAUGUUUGAUUUCUU